AAAUAUUGUAUCAUAGAAACCAAGAUUCGGAUACACAUGUGAAUAUUCCAGCUACGUUUUAAUCCUCUAUAAUAGCGAACUCUAUCUGGUGCUAUGAGAAUCAAUUGCUUGCUUCGCCCUUAUCAGCUUGGUACCAAUUCAAGCUUCGAGAAAAUAUCCCACGACCAUCAUAAUCGUCAAUCUCUCAUCGAAGUAGUAGAUAAUCACAAACAGAGCGGCUGAUAUGCUUGAACAUGAUCAAUUAACUAGUUAGUCUUCCAGGGUGGCUCCACUCUUGCAGUCACUCAAGACGCUUUCUCAUUUAUCAUCACUGCCUCCAUCCCGAGGACGAAAACCACAAGAGAGAGUCGCAGCCAGUCCGCCACGGAAUUUCGCACAAUUCUCACUUGUCCCGCUCUCCUUUCCAGCUACCAUGCCGUCGUCGACACCCGAGGGAUCUCUCAAGCACCUCUCUGACCUUACCCCGCCUUCUCAGGACCGCACCUGGCUCACCUCCCCGCACCCGCGCCUCCCCAUAGCUGCAACAUGCUGCGCUGAUAAAUCAGUUCGAGUCUACUCCCUCGUGAACUUUACCCUCUUAUCUACCAUAUCUGGCGGCCACAAACGCUCGGUGCGGUCGUGCGCUUGGAAACCCCACGUAAAAGGCGAAAGCGUGCUCGCCACAGCUAGCUUCGAUGCUACAGUUGGAGUCUGGAGACGAUGGGAUGGAUUUGGGAGAGCAGAACGGGACAUGCUAGGACUUGCAGGUGGAUUAGCGGAGGCGGACCGCCAGGAGGGGGAUGAUACGGAUGGUGAUGAAGAGGAUGAAGAUGAGGAGUGGGGUUUCGCCGUGCUGUUGGACGGGCAUGAUAGCGAGGUGAAAUCAGUGUCUUGGUCUUCUGGCGGGUCACUACUAGCAACGUGCUCGCGUGAUAAGUCGAUUUGGAUAUGGGAAGAUCUAGAGGAUGGGGAUAAUAAUUUUGAAACGGUGGCCGUGUUGCAGGAGCAUUCAGGUGACGUGAAGUGGGUGGCAUGGCAUCCGGAGGAGGAAUGUCUCGCUUCGGGGAGCUAUGAUGAUACCAUUCGGCUCUGGAGAGAGGAUGUGGACGAUUGGGGACAGGUAGCUUGUCUAAGAGGUCACGAAGGCACUGUUUGGUGUGUCGAAUGGGAGGCUCCUACGUCAAUCGCUGGUGACAACGGCGAUGGCGCUCCUACUACUAUGCCAAUUGAUCCCGAAAACGGGAAACUGGCACCAUGCGAACGAAAGAAAUGGAUAGAAGAGCGUUCUAUGUCUGGUCCACGGCUUGUUUCCUGCUCAGAUGACAAGACCAUCCGAAUAUGGCGAAAACAACCCCAAGAAAAGCCACCUCCGGUUCAGUAUUCAUCAAUACCGAGUACAAUUCGUCCUGCUACUAUUGAUGAAACCUGGAUCGAAGAAUGCCAGUUACCUGCCAUGCAUGACCUGUCUAUAUACUCCGUAGCAUGGAGCAAGAAGACAGGUCUAAUCGCUUCCACGGGCGCAGAUGGACGGAUUGUCAUCUAUCAAGAACGUUUCACAUCCAAACCUCCGGCGCACACCACAUCAGAACAAGAUAAACCAGAUUCAGCACGAGAGACCCAGAAAGCCAACGGAGGGAGAACCGCACCAUCUACAGCAUGGGAAGUUGUAGCAUGUGUGGAUGCCGCUCACGAGAUUUAUGAGGUCAAUCAUGUCUGCUGGGCGAAACGAGCGGAUCAGCGCAAGUCUCAGCAACAAAAUUUAGACAAUUCGGAAAUGGACCAUGCUAAUGAAGAAGAGGUCCUUUUAAGUACUGGAGAUGAUGGUGUUGUCAGAGCCUGGACGUUAGAGCGAUAAUUCCCCUCGACGCCGUGCUUCGAUUUUGAGGAAUCUCUGUUCCAUUACUGCGUACAUUUAAGCCCGGA